GCUCCCAUGAUAACACUUCUAAUCGAUAACUAAAUAAAAGCGGACAAAACAUAAACAUUUUAUAGCAUUUAAUAUUUAUUAAUAUCCCAAUUGAAUAGCAUAAUUUCUUUAUUAGUUUAUAGUUAAGUUUACUAAAUUGAAUUAAGAAUGACUUGUGGAACAUGUCGAGGACACAAGGAAAAAAGCAUAAAGUGCCUGGUUGCAGCUUUGGAUACGAUCAAGGAACACGCAUUAAUGAUGCAGCGGGAGUCUGAAGAGAGUGCCAAGACUAUAGAAACAUUAAAGGCCCAUAACGAUAAGUUGCACAGGGCCCUGGAUAUGUUAAAAGAACGCCAGGAGACCAUUGUUCAGGUGGAAAAACGACGGAAAGUGUCGCCCAAGAAGAAAAAAGAUGAUAUAUCCCCACUGCCCCAAAGUCAGGACUCCCUCAACAUGAAUAUAGCACUAAACAGCAUCGACAUCUCAGAUGAGGACUUUGACAUGGAGGAAGAGGAAAGCAUUGCAGAAACAGAACCUACGAUCAGUCCUCGGAAACUUAGACUUCCGACUCGAAAGAAUGACAUUCGGAACCUGGAAAACAUGCAGCCAAAUCAGGGCUGGCUCCGCAGAACGCCUAAAAACUCCGGUGUCCUAACUAAACUUUCUUUGACGCAAAAAGGCAGCAACUUGAACUUGAAGCAAACCCGGUUAAAGUUCGAAGGGAAUAAAACAAGUGCCAGCGAAAAGGAUGUGAUCGAGGAAAGCCCCAAUGUGAGCUCUACCUCAAAGCGAGCGCGUCCUCCCCGAUCUCUAAUACAAAGCACCGCCACCGAGAACGGUUUAAACGCCAACGAUUCGAACCGCAACAGCAGCAGCGUUAAUAAGGGAACCAACCUCACAUUUGAGAUGAGCGAGGAUGACGUUGACCCGGAUUCACAGAAAAUGCCGCCACCUGCUUCCCCGCCAGCUUUAAAACUCAACGACUCUUCCGAUAGUGUGGUUUUGCUUACUCCUGCCACUCAGGACAUAAUCUUCCUGAACGAUACCACGGAGGAUAUUAACAAAAUGGGAACGAUGGAUAUGCUUGCGGAGAUUAUGAAGGAUGACGACGAUGCCUGCUCCAACGCUUUGAGGCAAUUUGAGAAAAAAAUGAUAGAUCAGCAAAAGCAAGGCGAAAAGAAUCCCACUACAACUCCGAAGGCUUCUGAACCGAUUCCUAAAACUCAUCACAUAAAAGAAGAACCAGUUUCCCAGUUGGUGUCUGAUUUAGGAAAUGAAUCGACAAAAAUGCCAGAGGAAAUUGAGAAGUAUAUGAUGGACAUGGAAAACGAAGACAGUAAAGAAUCAGAGGAGGUGUUCCCCCAGCCCAUUGUCGUCAAAGAGGAAAAUUUGAGCUUUAAAGAUCGAUACAGCAUUGAUUGCGGGGAAUGUGAAAAGUUUAUAAACUUUAUGGGCCCUAAUUUGACUGAUGAAAAAAUUAAAUCUUAUUUGAGAAACUGCAAGCAUAUCAGAGCUGAAAACGAAUCACCACCAGGAUUCUGGAAUCCUCACAUGGUUUCCUUUGAUGAAAACGAUCCGAGAAAUGAGGUCUUGAUAGACACGCGGUUCCGUGACGGUUCAAAACUUCUACAGAAAAAAUAAUUACAUUAGUUUAAAGCAUUCCAUUUAUUAUUCAUGUUGAAUUGUAACUAUUUAGUUUAGAGGUUUCCACGUUUGGCCUGUUCAAUUUCAAUGGCCGUGAACAAAGACUUAAAGUUUCCAGCACCAAAUCCCUGAAAUAGUUAGAAAAUCAAUGACUGUACCUAGCAAUAAUAGUUUAAGUAAUAAAUCUUACAUUGUGA